AUGUCUCGUCAGAAACAACACAAACCCAGACCUCUGGUUUAUGUCCAUUCCAGUUCGAAAACACCUCCAUUGAACUCAUUAAAUAUAACCAAACUUCUUCCCAAUCCCCAGUCAAGUAGAGAAAAAUUGAAGGAAAAUGGUCACAGCAGUGUGGUCGAUUUACCUGUUUCUGUGGAUGUGAAAGAAACAGAGGUGUCAGUUUCUGAGGAAUCUGAGGAACCCAUAGACCAAACUUCUGUGAAGUGUUCAUCACAGGAUGCCAGUAAUUGUCAUGACAAGUGCAAGAAAACAAUUGAGGAUGGUUUGAAACGUGAGAAAGAAUUAAGACAUCAGACAGAAGAACUCGGCAUGAAGUUGGAGGAGCUUAAAGUAGCUCUUUGUGGAAAAGAAGAGGAAACAAGACAGCUUAAAAACCAGUUAGAAACUCAGGAAGCACAAUUAUUGGCACAGUUAAGUCAAGAGCAGUUAACUCAUGACGCAAACAAGGCUCUUCUUCAUGAAACCAAAGAGACACUUAGUGCAGCACACAAGACUACUCAGAGACUGAUUAAAGAACACAGACAGAAUAUUGAUGAACUGAAAAAAGAGUCAGAGAAACAUUUAGCAGAGAUGCUGGCAGAAAAAGAUUCAGUAAUAGCGGAUAGAGACCAGAAACUUGCCAGGUUGAAAUCCCAGAUGGCUGAUGCUCUGAAAGGAAAUUCUUGGGAAAGGCAACAACAGCUGGAUGAACUAACCAAAGAACUUUCUCACAUGCAAGAAGAAAAUUACGCCCUUCGUGUGAGCAUUAAAUCCAUGCAGAAAAAUAAGUAG